UAUCAGUGCACGCACAACUGCGCUAUAAGUGUGACCGUUUUUGACGCGAGCGAUUGCUCUAUGGCAUCAAGAUCCGCCGUCAUCGCGUGGGGGUCCGGUGAAGACGGGCAGUUAGGAAUAGGAGAUAACGAAGAGCAUGAAUGGGCUUGCUCUAUCAAAGCUCUUCAGUCCGAGAAGGUUUGCUCAGUAGUCGCCGGCAGCCGGAACUCUCUCGCAAUCUGUGAAAACGGCAAGUUGUUCACAUGGGGUUGGAAUCAAAGAGGCACCUUGGGGCACCCACCGGAGACAAAGACUGAAAAUGUUCCCAGUCCGGUUAAAGCUCUUUCCAAUGUCAAGAUUGUUCAGGCGGCUAUUGGUGGAUGGCAUUGUCUGGCAGUAGAUAACCAAGGCAGAGCUUAUGCGUGGGGUGGGAACGAGUAUGGACAGUGUGGAGAAGAACCGGAGAGAAAAGAUGACACUGGAAAGCCUGUGAGGAGGGAUAUUGUGAUUCCGCAGCGCUGCGUGCCAAAGCUUUCUGUUCGCCAGGUAGCUGCUGGUGGUACUCACUCAGUGGUUCUUACAAAGGAAGGCCAUGUAUGGACAUGGGGUCAACCAUGGCCUCCUGGGGACAUAAAGCAAAUAUCAACUCCAGUUAGAGUACAAGGCCUUGCAAGUGUAAGGCUAAUUGGAGUAGGAGCUUUUCACAACUUGGCUCUUCUUGAUGACGGGGCCUUGAUGGCCUGGGGUAAUAAUGAGUAUGGGCAACUUGGAACAGGAGACACCCAGCCAAGAUCGCAACCCAUCCCUGUUCAAGGACUAUCUGGUCUUUCACUGGUUGAUAUUGCCGCUGGAGGAUGGCAUUCUGCAGCAUUAACAGAAGAAGGGGAGGUUUAUGGUUGGGGCAGAGGGGAACAUGGAAGGCUAGGGUUUGGAGAUGACAAAAGCAGUAAAAUGGUGCCACAAAGGGUUCAGUUUUUAUCUGGGGAGGAUGUUGUGCAGAUCUCAUGUGGAGGCACCCACUCUGUGGCACUAACGCGGGAUGGUCACAUAUUUUCUUUCGGGCGGGGAGACCAUGGACGACUAGGGUACGGGAGAAAAGUGACCACUGGCCAUCCCUCAGAAGUGCCCGUCAAAAAAAUAUCACCUCCAAGCGAUGUCACUGAGGCAGGACAUUGGUGUGCUAAGCUUGUGGCAUGCGGUGGGCGUCACACACUCGCAAUCGUAGAAUGGCGGGCGCACUCAUGAACUUACUUACCUGGCUUGUAAUUAUUAUAAUGGACAUUCCUAUGUUUUAAAUCUACUAUACUAUAGUCUGAAGUUAAUGGUCGCACGUCAAAAUUUUCAAUAUUCAAUAGCAUGUGGUUUUACACUGCUGAAUAUUCAACAACAUAUCAACUGUAAUCUCCUCCAAACAUUGUUACAUUACUCCCGAGUCCUGUCC